AUUUCUGUCUCUACCGUCUCACAGAGGUACUUUAGGUCAGGUCUUUCUUUUUGAACUAUUUAGGGCGCAAAGACAGGAACACAAAACCGGUUUGACGAAGUCCAAUCGCAGUUUUGGAAUAUAAAGGACAAUUGUGCGCCGAGGGAGAUCAGUUUGAUAAUUCACUUUGUGUGCGAGGCGGUCUUCAAUCCGAACUCGAACACUCUAUAUUUUCAACAUGAAUCCAUUGGCCGUGCUGUUGGUUCUGUCCUUUGUCGGCAUGUCAUUUGCGUGCACUUGCGAUUCUGUGUCAUGGGCUCAGUGUGAAGGAGAUCCGUGUCAAUGCUAUGUCACUGUUGGAAAAAACGAAAGGGAAAUCCUCAACUGUUCUGCGCUGAUUCCAAAAUGCUUCCUGAUGAAGGCAGAGAUGUACAAAAAACUGCACAAACACUUUAGGGGGAUGCCUGUAGACACAGCCUUGGUUGAUAACGACGGGCCUUACGACCCUGAGUGUGAGUCCAACGGACUUUUCAAGGCGAAACAGUGUAAUAACUCUGAGGAGUGCUGGUGUGUUAACAGCGCCGGAGUUCGUCGCUCCGACAAAGGAGACAAGAACCUCAAGUGUGAGGAGCUGGUGGAAACUUACUGGAUCCAUGUAGAGCUGAAGCACAAAGCGACACCUAAUCCUGUUGAGGUCAAAGACCUGCAGAGGGCUAUUGCCGCAGCCAUUCAGGAGCGAUACAAAAUCAGUCAGAAUCUCAUCACCAGCGUCAGUUACGAUGGUGACGCCCGCCUGAUCACUGUGGAUGUAAAGAAACCUCUUGGUGACAGGAAGGAAGAUCUCUCCCGUAUGGCUUACUAUAUGGAGAAAGAUGUGAAGGCACAGCCACUUCUUGCAAGCUCCAGUAAAUUUGAGCCAAAUGUUGCUGGUCAGAAGCUGGAAAUGGAGAAUAUCCUGGUGUACUAUGUGGAUGAAAAGGCACCCACCAUCACCAUGCAAAGACUGACUGGGGGCAUCGUUGCUGUCAUAGUUGUCGUGAUCCUGGCAGUUCUUGUUGGACUUCUUGUGUUGUUCAUUGUAAGGAGGCGAAACCAGAGCAAAUAUGUGAAAGCCCAGGAGAUGGAGGAGAUCCAGCCUACCCUCAGUUAAACUCUCUGAGAGACUGUAAAGCGUGAAAGUGUCAUGAAAGACAUAAGCGAUUUUAAAAACACUAACCAUUUUUAAAACCGUAGCUAUUUCUUUUAACAAUGUUGAUAACAUUUCUUUGAUCUCUAUUGUUAACGUAUUUAUUCAGUGCUUUUAAACUGUCACGAUUUGCCUGCUUUUAGUAGUUUUCA